AUGACCUUUCUCGCCGCUCAGUUGCGUUAUCUCAGUGAAAAAAUAUCGGAGUGCGGUAUAACGAACAUACAAGAUGAAGCUGAUUUCCAAAAGAGGGUGUUGAAGAACUCUGUUCCCGUUCUUGUGGAUUUCCACGCUACUUGGUGUGCUCCGUGUAAACUGCUUGGACCUCGUUUGGAAUCGGUGAUGCAGUCACAUAUGAACUCGGUGCUUUUGGCCAAAGUUGAUAUCGACAAAAAUGAUGACCUUGCCGCAAAAUACCGGGUAAUAUUCUUCUUUGUUGAAACUAUUCUUUGGAAAGUUGAACUUUCAACGUUCAACACAGUGUGUGUUGGGAAUCAACUUGAUCAAGCACGGACUAUGUUGAAUUUCAAGACAUUCACUGACAUCUGCUUGGCACUAGACUGGUGA